AUGGCCAGCACCGUAUCGCUACUCCGCCGACUGAUCCUCGAAUCGCCGCCAGGAGAAUGGGCCAUUAACCAGCUGCGCGAGCUCCUCAUCGGUGCCCUGAAGCAGGGCCCCGUCCCCCAGCAUGUCGCCUUCGAAAUGGACGGCAACAGACGUUACGCUCGUACCCACCGAAUGGAAACAGUCGAGGGUCAUCACCGCGGCUUUGAAGCACUUGCCAGGAUUAUGGAAAUAUGUUACAAGUGUGGCGUCAAGGUCGUCACUGUAUAUGCCUUUAGCAUUGAAAACUUCAAUCGUCCCAAAUACGAGGUCGAGGGUCUCAUGCAGCUUGCCAAGGUCAAGCUUGAGCAGCUUACUACGUAUGGAGACAUCCUGGAUCGCUAUGGCGCCUGUGUGCGCGUCCUCGGCCAGCGUGACAUGAUUCGCGACGAUGUCCUGCAAGUGGUUGACAAGGCAGUCGCCCGAACAAAGCACAAUAACAAGGCCGUGUUGAACAUCUGCUUUCCCUACACUUCUCGAGCCGAAAUUACAACCGCGAUCCGCGAGACCGUCCAAGACUUCCUCACUCCUCCUCCUCCCAAGAACACUCCUUUCUCGCCUUCACGUAUCCGACAAAAGGUCCUCUCUUCCCAGUAUGACGACCGGGACACGCUUCCGACCAUCCGCGAUGCUUCACCAGACCACCGUGCCGAGGGCGACGCCGAAAAGGAUGUGGACGGCGACACGGGCGACUCCUCUUCGACGCUCCUGCCCGACUCACCCCAGCCUCGUGUCCGCGCAAGAAAAAGCUCGACCGACUCUCUCCCCAAUCCCGAGUCCAUCACGACUGAUACUCUGGACAGCCACAUGUACACCUCGCUCGAUCCGCCUCUGGACGUCUUUGUCCGCACCAGUGGUGUGGAGCGUCUCAGUGACUUUAUGCUCUGGCAAUGCCAUCAAGAUACGCACAUCUUCUUCCUCAAGUGCUUCUGGCCAGAUUUUGACCUGCAGCACUUUGUGUGGGUUCUACUGGAGUGGCAGUGGAGGCAGAAGCAAAAGGCGAGGGACGGCUCGGUGCAGAUCAAGGGCAACAAGGUCCGCCGGGCGAUGGAAUAG